AUGGCAAACUCUUUCACACGUCUGAUGUCUGGCCGCAAUGCUGCCGUUGUAUUGGCCAGCUUGGGCGCAGGUACAAUGGCAACUGGCUUCCUGAUGAGUGAGAAUGGCACUCUGGCUGCUGAUACAAAGAAGAAGCUUUAUCCUCCCAGCGCUGACUUCCCUGACCUGAGGAAACACAACAACUGCAUGGCUUCUGCUCUGACUCCAGCCAUUUACGCCAAACUGAGGGACAAGCUCACUCCCAACAACUGGACCCUGGACCAGUGCAUCCAAACUGGGGUGGACAACCCUGGACACCCCUUCAUCAAGACCGUGGGCUGUGUGGCUGGUGACGAGGAGAGUUAUGAGGUGUUUGCUGAACUCUUUGACCCAGUCAUCAAAGACAGGCAUAAUGGCUACGAUCCCAGAACCAUGAAGCACCCCACUGAUCUGGACGCCUCCAAGAUCACACAUGGCAUGUUUGAUGAGAACUAUGUGUUGUCGUCCCGUGUCCGGACUGGCCGUAGUAUCCGUGGGCUGAGUCUCCCCCCCGCCUGCAGCAGGUCUGAGCGCCGUGAGGUGGAGCGGGUGGUUGUGACGGCCCUGGCCGGCCUGAAGGGAGACCUGGCCGGCCGCUACUACAGUCUGGGAGAGAUGACUGAGCAGGAGCAGCAGCAGCUCAUUGACGAGCACUUCCUGUUUGACAAGCCUGUGUCUCCUUUACUUACUGCGGCCUUCAUGGCCCGCGACUGGCCUGAUGCCAGAGGGAUCUGGCACAACAAUGAAAAGACCUUCCUGAUCUGGAUUAAUGAGGAGGACCACACCAGAGUUAUCUCUAUGGAGAAGGGAGGCAACAUGAAGAGAGUGUUUGAGCGAUUCUGCAGAGGACUCAAGCAGGUGGAGAAGCUGAUCCAGGAGAGAGGCUGGGAGUUCAUGUGGAACGAGCAUCUCGGCUACAUCCUCACCUGUCCCUCAAACCUGGGCACUGGCCUCCGGGCUGGGGUGCACGUACGCCUGCCCAAACUCAGCAAGGACCCACGUUUCUCCCAAAUCCUGAACAACUUGAGGCUGCAAAAAAGAGGCACAGGAGGAGUUGACACAGCUGCCACUGGGAACGUUUUUGACAUUUCCAACAAUGACCGUCUGGGCAAAUCUGAAGUGGAGCUGGUUCAGCUGUUGGUUGAUGGAGUCAACUACCUGAUUGAGUGUGAGAAGAGGCUGGAGAAGGGCCAGGACAUCAAAAUCCCAGCCCCCGUUCCCCAGUUCAAGAAAUGAAAGCUGUAGUCAUCAUCACGAGAGAGUCAAAGAGAGAGAGGGCAGUCGCUCCAACCAUCCAAACUGAGUCAGUUUGAAACACACUAGCAGAAACACGUCCACCUGUCAGCGCAGGGGUGGACGUUUCUUUCUUUAUCCUUCCUAUGAAAAUUGCAGAUCUUUAGGGUAGUCUAAUUGUAGACGUGAUCUGUGGUUAGGGACAAAUUCUACCUCAGGCUAAGGUCUUUACUGUAUCCCUAACUUCAAUAAAACCAACAAUGUUAAACA